UUUAUGAAAUACUUUAUUAAACAUGAAAUUAGAGGGCUCGUUAAGAACCUUCCCUCACCAGCUUCACUUUUUUGUCGGAGGACUUGAUCCUACCAGACAGGCUUUCCUCCCCUGCGCACCUUCCCUUUAAAACGCGUCGGAAAACGCCCCGCCCACUACGGAGAGCGAAGGGGUCUCGGCGCGGGGCCCGUUUACCUCCGCCUACCGAUCGCCGGCCAGGCACAGGAAACUUAGUGGUGAUGCUGAAGAAGAGGUCCAAGAAAAGGAACAAGGACUGAAAUUACCAGGAAUUGACGAAACAGAGGAAAUAUAGCACAGAGAGGUAAAGGGAUCUGGGGGACAUUUGUCAAUUUAUCCUCCAGUGCUUGGAGGACAUUGGAGUUUCCCAGUGAUAUGAUCUCAGGAUGGCUGCCCUCUUUCUCAAGAGGUUAACAUUACAAACCCUGAAGACUAGCAACGGCUGCAUCGGGAGCUGGCUUGGCAAGUACGUGGUGCGGAGGAGGACGCCCGCACAGCUGCGCCUCUUCGCUCCUGCGCCCGGGCCGCCCCACCUAACGCACACGCACGCGUUCAGUACCGACGGGGACACCCAGGACGAAAGGACGCCCAAGAGAAUGAGUGGAACAGAUCGUAGUAACAUCGGGAGGAAAAUCCCCGACCGGAUUAUUCACGUCCUUGACGAGAAGGGCAACGAUCUGGGGAACAUGCACCGGGCAGCGGUGAUCAGGCUCAUGGACGAGCGCGACCUGAGGCUGGUGAAGCGGUGCGGCGACGCGCAGCCGCCCGAGUACCAGCUCCUGACGGGCGCGCAGAUCCACGCGGAGCGGCUGCAGCUGCGCAGCGAGGCCCGGGCGGCGCCGCAGCCUGGACCAACCCUGACAAAGGAACUAACUUUUUCUUCAAGUAUUGCACAACAUGACUUGGACACAAAGAGUAAACAGAUUCAGCAGUGGAUUGAGAAAAAAUACAAAGUUCAAAUUACUAUAAAGAAAAGCAAGAAUGAUCCAGAGCCAGAAAAUAAAAUUGAGGGGAUAUUUAAUCACAUACUCCAGACUAUGCCUGGAAUAGCUACCUUCUCAUCCAAGCCACAACCUGCUAAAGGAGGAAAAGCUGUAAUGUGUAUUCUUCGUCCUUUAAGCAAAAAGGAAGAGAAUGCUUACAGAGAAACUCAAGGUACCCAGAAAGGAGACACUUUGAACAAAGAAAAUGGAAAUGACAGAGGAUCAGAUGUUCUGCAUUAGUGACUUUAAUAAAAAUGUGCUUCAUAGAGACAAUAA